AUGAAAAUACCAGAAACACGAAGAAUUUCGCAGGACAAAAAUCACAGUGCUGCAAUGUCCAAAGUUACAGAGAUUUUUUCAAAUAUCUUCUCAAGGCCUGCUAAAUCUGAGACAGGAAUUGGAUCAGGAGGUACAUUGAAGAUGGAUGCUGGUCCAAUGGCACCGAGAUCAGAUGAUGAAAUUGAGGAAGCUGCACUGGAAGAGAGAACAAAUUCAGACACAUCUUUUCCUUCCAUUCCAUUGACUCCAUCAAUAGAGAUCACUAGGCUGGAGUCUCAGUCAAGCUUGGAGACUCCAUCACCCUUGAUGCCUGUGCCAAGUACUUCGAGAGAUGUGGUAGAGAGGAAGAAUCAAGUGGGACUGGCACAGGUCAACAAUACACAAGCCUGCAAUGUCUUCCAGUUCACGAAUGUCAAUAAUCUCCAUAUUGGAUCGGUAUUUAAUAUAACCACGGAGCCAGAGAGAAUCUCUCCGAGAUCUCGACGAAGUCAAGAUGGUGAGAGGGUAUUCAGGAAGACACCGUCAAUUGAUGCCAUGAUGAAGAGUCAGGAGAAAUUGGAGCAUGAACAUAUUGAGAUCAUUGCUAUGCAUCUGGGAGAGGAUUGGAGGAAUGUAGCUCGUGAUUUGGGCUAUUCUCAAGGGCAAAUAGAUCAAUUGCUCGAAGAUCAUCACAUUACUGGUGUCAAGGAAGUGAUCUACCAGAUGAUUCUGGGUUGGACUCAGGAGGACACAACAGCAACUUUGGGAAGAAUUACAGAGAUUCUAUGGAGACGAAGGCCUCAUCAGGAGGUAGUGUACCAUCUGAAGGAAUACUGGAAGAAGGCUAAUAAAGCAAAAAGUCGCAGACAAUCGGAAGUCAGUGCUGAAUCCACAGAAUAAAAUUCCCGGACGUUUUGCGCAUUCCACUUUGCACGCCUUUUUACCCCAGCUUUCACCCCAUUUGUGAUAUUGUCAGAUAAAUAAUAAAAUUUUACAACGAU